AUGGCGCACCAAGCGACCGACAAUGAUUCAGAGUCAUGGAAUCCGGCAUCACGGCCCGAGAAGAUUCACUCUCCUGUUACGAUGAGCUCGGUCCAGCGUGGGUUGUCGGAUCCGACUGCGGCGGAUGAGCCAAAGGACAAGUCCCUAGACGAUAUCAUAUCUCCACAGAGUGAGGAUUUCUCUGCGUGGGAUAUGCCCGACGAGAUAGACGCGAAUCAGCCUCAAUACACGAGCUUGGACGUGCUAGUGAACAAUGCAUCGCCAGUGGUGGACCAGGACGCGUGCCUAGACACUGAUUCCGUCAAUAAGACCGUUCAAAUCCCCGACGAGAGCAUUGAAGUGGCUCAUACAAAUAUCGCACCAUCUACUCAGAAUACGGAUGCCGUCCUAAACCCGACCCCGCCAGAAACUCAGCCCGCGCAGCCUGUUGAGACCGAAACACCUUCAACCCAAUCUGGUGCGCAGGCUAGCAAUAGUUUCCCCAGAAAUAUAAAUGCACCACCCUCAGUUAAAACCGAAACCUUUGAUAGUGCCGUUCCCACUGUCGCACCCGAACAAGAAACCACGCCGGAAUCGACAUCUGUGAGAGAGACUACACUUUCAAGAGAGGAGCAAACCAAGGCACCUGAACCUUCGUUGGACACUUUUAAGCAUGACUAUACCACUCAGUCUACCCCCACUAAAGAACUAUUUCCACAAACACAUGAGGAGAAUACCGAUUCUGAGGACCCGUGGGCCACCUUUGAGAAGGACCUUAGCAAUACGCUGCCCUCCGGUGAAGAGGCUACCCCGCUUAGCAAAAAUUCGGACACUAUCCCAGAGUUCGCCUCAAACUCUACUCCCAUCCAGGAUAGCGAUGAGCGAAAGUCCGCCGAAGAAGCUGUACGCCCAUCGCAAGAGGACACAGCACUUACGGUUGUGACAUUUGAUGAAGAGAGUACUGAUGUCUUCAACUCCACCAAACAGGCCAUUUCCCCGACCGAAAAUGAGCAACCUGAUUUUGUGUCUCGCUCGAUGAAUGUUGAAUCCGAGAAUACGGAUUCUCCAGCCCCAACAGUGGAAGCCUUUGCACCGACCAACGAGGUCCAUCCAGAUCUGGCCGCAGCGGACGUGGAUACAACCGCUCAUGAUCAACCUUUCUGGACAAAUGAGCUGAGUGGUGAAGUCGACUCCAACGAGGGCGACUUCUUUAGCCAACUCAACAGCCAGACAAAGCCUAUUUUUGCGCCGCCAGAAGCGGAGUCCAGGUUCGAGGAAGGGGUCCCGUUGUUAGAUGAGUCUACACCGGGUUCGCCCGAACACCCUGCGCAAGCAGAGAAAUCUAUUGACAGCGUUUUUUCCAACGAUGAAAAUGAUGCAGAUGGCUUCUUCAGCUCCGCUCUAAAGUCAGAGGCCAAGAACGACGACGAGGAUUUCUUCGCCUCUAUUUCAAAGAAAGAGGCCGAGGAGCAACCCGUCGCUCAUCUCGCCCGGAAGAGCACGUCUCAGGUCUUGGAAUCGAGUGGGUUUGCUCUUGACUCCCCGGUCAGUGACGCUUCGGCUGCGGCACAGUUUGAUGAUGUCCUGAAGGCUGCAUCGUUGGAGCCCCAACCAACCGCCGAUCCCUCCGAGGAAGAGCUAGCGGCGCGGUGGGAAGCUGAGCUAGGUGAUUCACCAGAUGAUGAUCUGGCAGCUCGCUGGGAGGCGGCAUUGGAUGAUGACGAUCUACUGCUGGAGGCUGAAGCCCCCCCAGAGCACAUUCAUCAAACUCCUGCCGAGCCUGCGAAUAAGGACCUGUCGGCUGGCUUGAACAGUCCAUACCAGGCCCCUCAGGCCUUUUCUCAGCCAAGACCUGUUCCUAACAUAUAUGCACCCCACCAACCGUCUACUGGUGAUCUAUUGCAGGGUGUUCCUCUCCCAGGAACUGCGCCGCCAGCCACCGGAGCCAUGUCAUCAUACUUCUCACAACCACCCCAGAACCCCGUGGCAACCAGGGGAGAGAGCUUUGCUGAGCGGUCAAAACAGGGUUACAAAUCUCCUUACGACCUUCCAGAUGAUAUCUCACGGCCCCGAAAGCCGGUCGUGACCCACAAGCCUGUUCCUCCAACGGUGACUAGUAUGCCCCCACCUCCUCCCCCAGGUGUUUCUGGCGUACCGAUUCCGGCAUCAUCUAGCUUCCCCACUCCGGCAGCUCUCCCGUCAGCUGUGUCUGCUCCCCCUGCACCGAAGAAUUUUUACGAGGAACUUCCUCUGGCGACACCAAGGUCUAGGCCUGCCAGCUCUGGUCGGUACACCCCUAAUCCGCAGGUGGCACCAACGAUGACCGGGCCGUCUCUUGCUCCUCCCCAGGUGCAAUAUGCCCCUGCCGCGCCACCCGCUUCGCAGCCUAUCGCGCUCCCAAUUCAACCCACACUUCAGCCGCCGGAACAGUUGGAUCCGUAUGCCAGCCUAGCAUCGAGUGCCCCAGCCGGGCCUCCUGCCGUUGCAAGGUAUUCUCCCCAACCGCCUGGCUUGCAAGCACCCUCAAAGCCACCUUCGUUGCCGAGAUAUUCUCCUGCGCCCCCUACUACCUCUUCCGCUCGCAAUCGUUAUGCCUCACAGCCACUUAAUGUUCCCGGCCAAAAUUUGCCUUUCCAGCCACGGACGUCAAGUCCGCUUGCACACCAUGAGAAGGUUUCGUACCAGCCCGAUCAAUCUCACAAGCCACCAUCUCUCGAGCCUGCGAUCAAUCUGUCUCCGCCGCGCGGGCAAGGGGCUGGCUUUGGACAAAUCCCACCUGGUGCUCCCCAAUAUCUCAAUGGUUCUGCCAACUUGCCCCGGCGAGAGAGUGCCGGCUCGCCUGUACAGCCAUCUCCGCCUCAAAGUCGAUAUGCCCCUCAGGAAUAUCUCAAUGAAUUCGCCCAGCGUCUCGCGCCGGCUCCGGAACAGGCUCCUCCUGCUCCCGCGACUAAUGUGUAUAUGUCCCCGCCCCCUAGCGAUAUCCAGAUGGGUCCACUUCGCAGAUCCCAGACCCAGUCACCUGCCCGGGACUUGACGAGCCCCCGUUCCUACGGACAGAGCGUUGAUACCCUCCAACGCCCAGCUUCGGUGCAAGCUUCAGGUUCGCCAACUAAAAUAGUGAAUCCGUAUGCCCCUCUGCUGGCUCCUUCUCAAACCCGCGCUCCAACGCAGCAUCUUGAAUUUAUCGCUCCGAAUGAUGGGCAGGAACAUGAUCCCCUGGAGCGAUGGAAGGGUGCUCCGAUCUUCAAAUUCGGGUUCGGUGGAUCCGUCGUAUCUUGUUUCCCUAGGCACAUUCCUCGCUAUUCCGCUGGUCAAGUGGCGCCAAUGAUCCAACCGACUCUCGGUGAACCGAAAAUCUCCCAGCUGAGCGAAUGGCUGCCCUCCGCUGACAGCAUUGUCCAGCACCCUGGGCCCCUCAAGGCAAAGUCAAAGAAGAAGGAAUUGAUUGCCUGGCUUUCUAGCAAGAUUGCAGCUUUUGAACAUUCAGAUCUUCCAAGCUACGAACAGGUUCAGUCCGAUACGCACAAACGCCAGGAGGAAAAAACUCUCCUCUGGAAGGUUGUCAAGCUUCUUGUGGAGAAUGACGGUAAUCUAGAGAGUUCGCCUGAAAUUCAAAAGUCUCUCCGCCAGAUCAUCUUCCCCAAUCUACCCAACCCCGAUGCAGACGGAUCAUACACCAGCAGUAUAACCGCCUCGGGAGGGUUUACCCCUUCAGAAAUGCCUUCACAGCCUGAUGCCGUUGAUGCACAGUGGUUGGAGGAGCUUCGCCUACACUUGAUCUGUGGCGAUCGGGAGAAGGCCAUCUGGAGUGCUGUUGAUCGACGUCUUUGGGGACAUGCGAUGAUUAUCUCAUCCACCAUGGACAGGUCGAUUUCGAAACAGGUUGUGCAGGAGUUUGUCCGCCGCGAAGUCAGGUCUAAAUCCGCAAACACCGAGUCACUUGCAGCCCUAUAUGAGAUCUUUGCUGGCAAUAUUGAAGAAAGUAUCGACGAGCUUGUUCCUCCGUCUGCCCGAGCAGGUCUGCAACUUAUUAGCAAGGCCGAUGGCCAGGGCUCUACUAAGAAUGCCCUGGAGGGUUUAGACAAGUGGAGGGACACCUUAGGACUGGUUUUGAGUAACCGAAGUUCUGAAGAUCACCAGGCCCUGUUCUCCCUCGGCCACCUGCUUACUUCCUAUGGGCGGACAGAGGCGGCUCAUAUUUGUUACAUCUUCUCGCGUGCUGCGGUUUUCGGUGGCCCCGACGAUACAAAGGCCAACAUCACUCUCCUUGGUGCUGACCAUCAGCGUUGCCCUUCUUCCUUGAUGGACGAGGAUGCUAUUUUGCUGACUGAGGCCUAUGAGUAUGCUACGUCUGUUCUCGGGAACUGUCCAACAGCCCAUCUGCCACAUCUCUUGGCUUUCAAGAUCCUGAAUGCCAGAUGCCUCGUAGACAAGGGUCGGAACUUAGAAGCGCAAGGCUAUUGCGAUGCAGUCGCAGCGGCAUUGAAAGCAACCACUCGUCCCUCGCCGUACUAUCACCAGCACCUCUUCGCGGAAGUUGAAGAGCUGUCUGCACGUCUGCGCCAGACAACUAGCGAUAGUGGCUCUUGGAUCUCGAGGCCAAGCAUGGAGAAGGUCUCGGGGUCUAUGUGGGCUCGUUUCAAUAGCUUCGUGGUGGGUGAUGAUAGUGAUGCUGCAUCGACUGGAUCCGGCAAGGGUGGCGAGCAAGCGGAAUUUGGUCCUUUUGCAAACGUGGCUGGCACACCAACAAUUAGCCGCUCACCUUCUAUAUCUGAUAUCUACGGUUCUUACCCUGGAGCAGGAGCAGGAGCGCAGCCUAUUCCCACCAGCGGCGCAUCCAAGUAUCACCCAUCUGGCCAAUACGCGCCCAAUGCCUCGCCUGAGCAGUUCAAGGGCCGAUCUUCGAUGGAUUCCCAGAGAUCUGCUUCCUACUUCCCGCCCUUUGGCCAACGUCGAAGCUCACAAGAACUCUCGCCCUCGAUUGAUCAACAGAUGUCCUAUGGAGCUCCAGUGUAUGGGUCGCCAAACGCGGGUGGGUAUCAACCAACACCGCCUCAAUCCUCUUAUGUUCCUCUUGCUCCGGUAGAAGAAGCUAUGUCGCCCACUGAAGCCCCUCCAGCCGCACAGCCCAUGGUGAAUGGCCUCUUUUACCAGCCUCCAGGACAGGCUGCCACAUCCACCGAAUCCCCCUACUACCAAGGCCCUCCUGGUAUGCCUGACUCAGAGUCACCCUACGCACCUCCCGUUGCCAGCUCAUCUUACGAACCGGUUUCCUACGAACCGGUUUCUUAUGAGCCGGUUGCAGCUGGUGGAGACAUGGGCUCUGUUGCCCAGGAGGAGGAUCUGCCACCUACCGCAGAGCAGCCGAAGAAGAAGUCGAUCAUGGAUGAUGACGAUGAUGAUCUCGCUGCCCGGGCAGCGGCUAUUCAAAAAGCGGAGAAUGACCGCAAAGCAAACGAAGCGUUCGCGAAAGCCGCCGAGGAAGAUGCCAAGAAGGAUGCCCAACAAUCUGGCAAGAAGGGCUGGUUUGGUGGUUGGUUCGGCGGAGCCAAGAAAGAGGAAAACAACACCGGCGGCGGUCCCAUCAGAGCUAAACUUGGCGAAGAGAGCUCCUUUUACUACGACAAGGAUCUGAAGAAAUGGCGCACCCGUCCAUGCCACCCCGCCUCCUCCUCGAGGCUCCGCUCCCCCAGUCGGACUGCGAGCUCGGGCAGUAUGCCACCAAACGGUGCACCUCCGAUGCCUCCGGUUCCCCCAAUGUCGGCCCCUGGUAGCCGACCUCAAUCUUCCUCAACCACCGCCCCGCCUUUCUUGUCCUCCAGCCCAGGCUUAUCUGGUCUCGCGCCUCGCUCCGUUUCUACGGGAGCGGCUAUGCCAACACCGCCCGGUAGUUCCAGCGGCCCGCCGCCGCGGCCUUCUUCGUCUUUGACUCAUGCUAGCUCAAUCGACGAUUUGAUCGGCGCGCCUCAGGCACGAAAGGGCAACACGGUUCGUGGCAAGAAGAAGGGCCGUUACGUUGACGUGAUGGCUCAAUAA